GUCACGUGAAACUGGUUGAUCAUGUGAUCAUGGGAUGUGAACAUGGCAGCCACGGGUGACGAGGCCGCGGCGAUGGAGAGCAUCAGUAAAGCCCCGGUUCCCCCGACAGACCUCACCCUCACCGCCGAACCCGAGCACGAGAGAGAGUCGGCCGCGAACGAUGCGACAGACAACCAAAAAGCCAAAAGAUCCAGUAAUAACAAUGACGGAGGAGUGGAGACAGCAGAGGAGGCCACUGAACCCGCUCAACCUCAGAUCAAUGAGCUCUGCAGAGACAUGUUUGACAAAAUGGCAGUUUUCUUACAGGGAGAGCUCACUGCAACCUGUGAGGACUACAAACUCCUGGAGAACAUGAACAAACUCAGCAGUCUGAAGUACAUGGAGAUGAAGGACAUAUCCAUCAACAUCAGCCGCAAUCUACAAGAUCUCAACCAGAAAUAUGCCAGUUUGCAGCCUUAUCUGGAUCAGAUUAACCAGAUCGAGGAGCAGGUUACGGCUCUGGAACAGGCUGCUUAUAAACUAGACACAUAUUCAAAGAAACUGGAGGCCAAGUUUAAGAAACUGGAGAAGCGGUGAAAAUGACUAGGAACUCCUUCACAGUAGUGAUCCUCAAAAUAUAUCUGGAAGUCUCUCAGAGAUUUUUGUUUGUUUUAUGCACUAAACCGUCUUCAGACCGAUAUCACACACGUACACUAUGGCAGUGUCGUAGUCUCGGAGUAUGGAUUGU